AUGAUUUCUGGGAAAGUGGUGGGAUCUCUUGUGUGUCUGUUUGUUGUUACUACAGUUAUCUGGAUUACAGCCAGGAGUGGAAAAGUGCACUACCUCCCAUACUACCUUCCCUGCCCUGAAAUCUUCUCCCUAAAACUCCAAUACACCGAAGAAAAGCCAAUCCAGCUCUUCCCCCAAUUAUUUUAUCAGCAGCCAAGGGUGCUGGCUCCAAAGCGUCAGGAUGUGCUGACAGUCACACCAUGGUUGGCUCCCAUCGUCUGGGAAGGAACUUUCAGUUCUGAGGUCCUAGACAGUGCCUACAGACCACUGAACCUCACCAUAGGGGUGACAGCCUUUGCCAUUGGAAAGUACACAAGGUUUGUGGGUCGCUUCGUGGAGUCAGCAGAGAAACACUUCAUGAAGGGCUAUCGGGUGAACUAUUACAUCUUCACCGACAAGCCUGAGACCAUCCCCGAAGUCCAGCUGCAGCCUGGACGAAGGUUUGUCACUGUGCCCAUCAAGAAAUACUCCAGCUGGCAGGAGAUCUCCAUGCGCAGGAUGGAGGCCAUAAACAAGCACAUAGCAGAGGUGAGUCACCAGGAGGUGGAUUACCUCUUCUGCCUGGACAUCGACAUGGUGUUCCACAACCCCUGGGGGCCUGAGACCCUGGGGGACACAGUGGCAGCCAUACACCCUGGGUACUUCAACGUCCCUCGAAACCAGUUCCCUUAUGAGAGGAGGAGCUCUUCUGCUGCCUACAUCCCUGAUGGAGAAGGAGACUUCUACUACGGAGGAGCUGUGUUUGGAGGGCUGGUCAAGAAGGUCUAUGAGUUCACCAAGACUUGCCACAUGACCAUCCUGACAGACAAAGCCAAUGGGAUCAUGGCAGCCUGGCAGGAAGAAAGUCACCUCAACAGGCAUUUCCUCUCCCACAAACCCUCCAAAGUGCUUUCUCCAGAGUAUAUAUGGGAUGACAGGAAACCAAAGCCACCUGAAAUUCACCUCAUACGAUUUUCCACUGUGGAUAAGAACUACAAAGAGAUACGAAAUUGACCAUCUGAUCCCUGCAGAGAUGUCCUCCACACAAUCAAACCUACCCA